AUGUCGACGUCUUCGCGUCUGCUCUCGCGAGCGCUCGUGCUCGGAGCUCUGCUCGCGGGCUUGGUCGACGGAGCGGCGCCGUACUGUGUCCCUGGACAAGCAUGCUUUCCUACGCUGCCAGUUCUAGACGCGUUCAACUUGACGGUUGGCGGACGUCUCAAGGCUCCUGCACCAUACGCGUCCGUAUGCUAUCGCGAGGAGUGGGAUGAAGGCGCAUGCCAAACCCUCUUCCAGUCCGAGUUGUCUGGGUCAUUUCGAGUAGAACAGCCUAACGCGCUGAUGUUCACCAACUGGGAGCUGAACGGCGACGUCGGAUGCCCCCAGCCUUAUUCGCUACCUACCUCGCCACUUCCAGGCAACUGUACUCUGGGCUCCCUUCCCGCCUAUGAAGUAUUCGCAAUGAGUGCUCUUGACAUCAGUCGCUCCGUGACGUUCGCCGCGAAGCAUAAUCUGCGUUUGAGGAUUAAGAACACAGGACAUGAUUACCUCGGUCGUUCCUCGGCACCUGGUUCCUUCACUAUAUGGACCCACCAGCUCAAGAACACGAGCUACGUUCCUCAUUUUGUCCCGGAUGGUUGUCAACGAACAGCAACUCCGGCCAAUGCUUUGAUUGCUGGCGCAGGCAUUGAGGUACUAGAUCUUUGGAGGGCUGCAGAUCAGCACAAUGUGACAACUAUCGGCGGUUUUAUUCCUACUGUCGGUGCUGCCGGCGGGUACAUGCUGGGAGGCGGUCUUGGUCCACUGAGCCGACUAUACGGGAUGGGCGUGGACAAUGUCUUACAGUACAAGGUGGUUACUGCAGAUGGAACGAUCAAAAUCGCCAAUGAAUGCACGAACACGGACCUGUUUUGGGCUCUGCGUGGUGGAGGCGGAACCUUUGGGAUCACUACGGAGGUUACCGUCAAGGCGCAUCCGCCUUUACUAGGCGUCAACGGUGUCAAUGCCACAUUUUUGGCCAAUUCAACCCAGGCAUUUGCCCAGGCGAUCAGCGUUUUGCUCGGGAUGCAGGCGACGCUUGGCGACGCAGGUCUGAGUGGAGUAUCUGAGCUCGUGAGUUAUGGAGCCUGCCCUUCGUGCAUUCCUGAUGUAUGCAUAUCUGUCAGCUAUAUCCAGGAGACGCCCGAGGAGACACUCGCGUUGUUCGGUUCCAUGAGGAACAUACCUGGCGUUCAAAUCGCCUUCUCGACGUCAUCGUUUUCCACUUGGCUUAACGCAUACAAUGGCUUCAUCGAGCCCGCCAUGGCAGGAAGGGACGCUGUCGGGGUGAAUAUUUUACUUGGGGAUCGCGUGUUGAUGAAGGACACCAUGACAAACGAGCAAACCGUCGACGUCCUUGGCGCUUUCAUCGCAAACAUGUCGACUCCGAUCAUUCUUCAGGCCGUUGCAGGUGGAGCAGUCAGCUCCUUUGACCCGACAUCCACAUACACGUCCGUGCAUCCAGGGUGGCGAACGGCUCUACUUCAUGCGAACUUUCCCGUUUUUGACCUCACACAGCCCGCCUUGACAGCCCAACAGAACGAGACCCUCAGACGUACCCUUGAUGGCAUCGAUCGAAUCAUCUAUCCCGAGGGCAACCCAGUGGCAUACUAUAAUGAGGAUUGGCCCGGCGAGCCGAAUUGGCAGGCACGAUGGUUUGGGGGAAACUAUGAGCGAUUGUUGAAGAUCAAGAAGACAGUAGAUCCAUCGGGCGUUUUCACAUGCAACAAUUGCGUCGGGAGUGAGGUGUUCGGAGUGUAA